CCCUUAUUCUAACUUUUGGAGUAUUUUUUUCUUCUAACCACGCACUUGUCGAACAUAACCACAAUCACAUUAGGAUCAAGACUUGUCAAAUUCCAUUUUUUUGUUCAUUUUUUACACUAUAAAACAAAGAACGAAAGCCACAACUUGUCCAAACUUUCUCUCACAAAUAGCCUCCUCCUAAGUAAAAUACGUGAUUAUUACACUACUAAAAAUCUGCAUGAAUUAGAAUGAAGAACCUCGUAAAGAUUGUUCUAGUGCUUUCUAUCAUUUCUCUCCUCCUAACAUCAGCAGUUGCUCCUUCAGGCGGCGGCGGGGGCGGAGGAGGAGGAGGAGGAAGAGGUGGCGGUGGCGGUGGCAGUGGCGGUGGAGGCAAAGGUGGUGGUGGCAGUGGCGGUGGAGGCAAAGGUGGUGGUGGCAGUGGCAGUGGCAGUGGAAAAUCUGGUGGCGGUUCCAAAGGUGGUGGUGGCGGAGCAAAGGGAGGUGGUGGCUCAAACAGUAGAGGAACAAGUCCCGGCGGCGGCGGCGGCGGCGGUGACGGUGGAAGAAAUAUUGGAGGAAACAGUGGGGUUCGGCCGUUACCUGGCGGUUACCCGGCAAGCAGUAGUUCAUCUACUUCUUUAGUAUUUUGCAGGAAAUAAAAAUAUCUUGAUAAAGCAAAUAAAGGAAUAAAAAGAGAAGCACGAGGCAUCAUGACAAUAGAAGCACGACACAUCAUGGCAAUAGAAGCACGACACAUCAUGGCAAAAGAACCACGAGGCAUCGCGACACCUUAUGAGAUUUGAUUUCUAUAAAUAAGAUGUUUGUGUUGAAAGGGGGAGGAGAUCAUACAUGCUUAAUUAGCAACUUUUCUCUAGCUUUGGUCUUUACUUCUCUCUUUAUCUAUUUCAUUUUAUCUUGUAAUCUUUGAAUUUUCCAAGAGUGUUGAUAGUAUUUUAAGAAUUUCUUUCUUUGUGAGAUUUAAAUACUCCAUAAUGGAGUAAUCUCUUUUGUUGGGAUAGUUGAUGAAGCUCGAUAGCGUUAUAAUAUUAAUCUCCAUUUUACUA